AAAAAGACAAGAGUCAAGGAAACCAAAACUGGAUCCAGGAAAGUAGAAUAUACUUCCAAUGAAUACAUUCCGCCAGAUGAGCUAGCGGCAAUGUCAGAGGAGGAGAAGAAAGAGUUUUCAUUGAGAGCCAAGGCAUCAGCAUUGAAAGCACGAAUGAAUGUCACCUCUGACGAUAUUCCAAUCCAAAUCAGAUUGAAACAAGCUGAAUCCGCAGACGGAUUGAGGAAAAGACAUAAGGAAAGAUUGGAUACUGACACCGAUCCUAACAACUACGAUUACGAUUUGGAUGAUUUGAUCCAGGAAGAAUCCGAAGAAAUUGCCAGACUGCAAAACAAUGAUUAUUAUAAAAAUGAACAAUUAGGUACUACCAAAGAAGAAUUGGUUUAAAGAGCAAAAAAAAAUUGCAUUUAUCUAUAUUUAAUCUAAUGUACAUAUUUACAAGGACUCUAAGAUAUCGAGUAGUCCAAUAAGG